AUGGCGACUUCCUCCAAUGAGCAGUCGCAGCCCAGUGGCCCUCACCCAAGCGACUCAUGCGCCCUCUCGCAAAACACUACUUCGGCCGAUGGCACCUCGCCGCGCUCUACAAAAGUUGUGUCCUUUCCCGACGAUAGCACCAUCUCCCCAUUGAUGAUCGGCAAAAACAAGGAACUUGACCAAAAGGAUUACCUCGACCUCGACAGGCCCACGAAGCAUUACCCCGCAAGCAUCAGCAAAAAGAAACUAUCUGGACGGCCCUCAGUCGAGCGACUGGCCUCAAACAAGGCGGCGCCAAGUGAGGGAAAUCCAUCUUUGUCUUCCCUACUCUCGAAUAGCUCAACAGAUGCCACCUCUGACGGCCAGCACGCACACGAGAAUCUAUUGAAACAGGUGGGCACAUGGCUGAAGCAUGAGCGAAGUAGACGCCAUGCGCGUAGGGAAAGGCGCAAAGCUGCUAAGGGGGGCGCUGUCCAAGAGCCGAUAGAGGCUGUUCCUGAUGAGACAGUUGAUGAGUCCAACGCUCCAACUAGGAGUAGCUCGGUAUCGUCUCACGGUGACGACUCCCUCGAUCAACUGGCACACAUCCUUGAGAAGACUUUGUCCAUGAAGCCAGCCGACGCUAAGAGGAGGAUGCAACACUUUCGCAGAUCUUCAACAGGCUUGAAGCGACACUCCGCCAUUUCUCUAGAUACGGACUACUUCGAGUCUGUAGACCAGUUAGUCCCGAGCUGCGAGGCUAUCUUAGAUAACUCAAAGACUAUGGCGUACAACGCAGAUGUUUCAAACCGCGAGUCCACCUCGCAAGUAUCAGAGAAGGAAGCACGCAAAGAAAAAGAGGCGUGGACCAAUUUCCGAGCCGAGGUCCUCCGUCUAGUUCACACGCUGAAACUUAAAGGAUGGCGGAAGGUAUCCAUGGAACAGAGCAACGAGAUUGAUGUGCAGAGGAUGAGUGGCGCUCUAACAAAUGCUGUUUAUGUUGUCUCGCCUCCCAAGAAUCUACCACUCCAAGAGCAGGGCGAAGAUGGCCAACCAAAACCAAAAAACCCUCCCCCCAAACUUUUGCUGCGUAUCUACGGCCCACAAGUAGAGCAUCUGAUUGACCGAGACUCUGAAUUGCAUAUUCUUACGCGUCUUGCUCGAAAGCGAAUUGGUCCACGCUUGCUUGGCACCUUCACCAACGGACGCUUCGAGGAGUUUCUUCAUGCAAAGCCAUUGACUGCGAAGGAACUGCGCAAUGCGGAGACGUCCAAGCAGAUCGCAAAGCGUAUGCGGGAGCUUCAUGAGGGUAUUGAUCUCCUGAAGGAAGAGCGAGAGGCCGGCCCAUUCGUAUGGCAAAAUUGGGACAAGUGGGUCGAUCGUUGUGAGCAAGUCGUUACUUGGCUCGAUCAACAGGUUCGAGAGAACAACCAAGACUCAGUGCAAUCUCCCGGCGACAAGUGGAAGAAGCGAGGAUACGUGUGCGGUAUGGAAUGGCCCGUGUUUAGGCAGAUGGUUGAAAAGUAUCGGAGAUGGUUAGAGGAGCAGUACGGUGGCGCAGACAAGAUUAACGAGAGAAUGAUCUUUGCUCACAACGACACCCAGUAUGGCAACAUCCUUCGUAUGGUUCCUGACGGCGAGUCGCCUCUACUGCUUCCAGCAAACCAGCACAAGCAGCUCGUGGUCAUCGAUUUCGAGUACUCAAACGCAAACCUUCCUGGUCUGGAAUUCGCCAACCACUUCACAGAGUGGACGUACAACUACCAUGACGCGGAGUUUCCGUGGCGUUGUAACACAAAGUACUACCCCACCGUCGAGGAGCAGCAUCGCUUUGUUCGAGCAUACCUGAUGCAUAACCCAUCGUACAAAGCGGCUGGAGGCUACACUUCCAACCCUGCCACUCCACAUUUGGGUCCUCUUCCGUCCUCCGGAAGCACGACCGCACUGGCAGCGACUGCCGCCCCCAGCAACAUCUCCGCGUUCAUGUUGGAUUCGCGUGCUCCUCCAGGCGAAAAGUACCAGGAGCAAGAGGCCCAAGCCGAGCGACAGAUUGAAGAAGAGACUCGCCGCCUCUUGGCCGAGACCAAGCUCUGGCGUCUCGCCUGCUCCGCCAUGUGGGUAGCGUGGGGCAUAGUUCAAGCACACGUCCCAGGUCUUCCCGACUUCACCGCUGAAGAAAACAAGGCAAACGUCAAUCCCAGCCAGGAAGCGGCAGAAUUAGACAGCGCUACAGCAGAGGUUAGAGCCGAGGCGGAGGCUGAAGAGAAGGGGGCUGGGAUCGUGGGUGAAAAGAUGGCUGAACAGGCACAAGAGAACAAAACACAAGCGGAACAGGAUACUGACCUUUUCAAACCACAGGAUGAGGAAGAGUUCGACUACUUGGCCUAUGCUAACGACCGCGCGAUGUUCGUGUGGGGCGACGCUAUCCGCAUGGGCAUCGUGAAGGCAGAGGAGGUGCCUGAGGAGUUGCGGAAGAGGGUUAAGCUGGUAGAGUACUAA